UAGAAGUAGAGGACUCACCGCGUCACUCGGUCCUCCACUCUUAUAUUUCAAACUACGGGCUCGGAGGAAAAGGGUGCAUACACCAUGGCCAUCCUUCUCCACUUACUCUUCUUGUGGGUAGGUUCACUCGCCCCUGCGGGUGCGGUCACCGCCCCGUCGGAUGUCGCAGCUUUGGCCGCCUUCAAGGCGGCCAUCUCCCCGGCCUCCAUUACUCCCUUCUCUUGCCUCGCUUCCUGGAAUUUCUCCUCCGACCCCUGCCGCCCCGGCCCCUCCCACUUCCUCUGCGGCCUCACCUGCACUACCACCGGCGGCGGCGCCGCCACCGCCACCGACCGCGUCACCGCCAUCGCCCUCGACCCUGCCGGGUACUCCGGCACCCUCACCCCGCUCCUCUCCCAACUAUCCCUCCUCGCCCACCUCGAGCUCCCUAACAACGCCUUCCACGGUCCCAUCCCCACCUCCCUCCCCUCCCUCCAAACCCUCAUCCUCUCCUCCAACUCCUUCUCCGGCCCCAUUCCGUCCUCCGUCUCCAAGCUUACCUCACUUCAAAUCCUCGACCUUUCUCGCAAUCCUCUCGCCGGCCCGAUCCCCCAAUUCUGGGGCUCCAUGUCCGGUUUGAGAAGGCUCGAUCUCAGCUUCACUCGACUGUACGGGAAUCUCCCCCGGGCGUUGCCUCCCAACCUGGUGAACCUGGCUCUGAGAGGGAAUUCCCUCUCGGGAACCAUCAAAAGAGCCACCUUUGCGCCGCUCCGGGCAUUGGAGGUGGUGGAAUUGGCGGCCAACCGACUCGAAGGGAAGGUGGAGGGGUGGUUCUUUCUUCUCCCUUCGUUGCAGCAGGUGGACCUCGCGAAUAAUAGCUUGUCGGGCGUCGAGGUGGGCCCGCCGUCGGAAGGGCAGCAGCUUGUGGCGGUGGACCUGGGGUUCAAUCGGAUCGAGGGGCAGCUGCCGGCGGCGCUGGCGGGGUUCCCGUCUCUGGUCGCACUGACGUUGCGGUACAACAGGCUGAGGGGAACCAUCCCCUCGGAGUACGCAGGAGCCAAGAAGGGGGUCCCCUUCCGGCGGCUGUUCCUCGACGGGAACUUCCUCACCGGGACGGUGCCGGCGGGGUUGCUCAGCAGCGGGGAGCUGGUGGGGAGCUUGGGGGACAACUGCCUUGAGGGAUGCCCAUCCGCGGCGGCGCUGUGCUCGCCGCCGCAGAAGACGGAGGCGGUCUGCAAGCAGGGAUACGGCGUCGACGGGAGAACGCGGCGGCCCCACCCUUAUUUGGAUCGAUAGAGAGAUUGCCGUUGGGGAGGACGCUUCGCCGGCGGUGGCGCCGGGGGCGCUUUUGGUCACUGGCUUUGGGUUUCUUGGCGGGUGAAAUUCUGCGCUGUAACAAUAAUUAUAUAUAAUUUUCUGUAAUAUGUUAUAUAGAAUAAGCUUUUAACGCCCCCUUCUUGUCGGUCGUUACCGUUGUACGGUAAAUAACAUGUCACUACGUUGGAAAGGAAAGGGAGGGGGUUUUGGAGUAUCAAAAAUACUCUUAGCAUACAUCAAAUACCCGAGUAUUUUCAUGCUUCAAUCUAACAUCUGGAAAUAAAAAUUUACGGUUUAUCAGGCCCUUGGCGUU